GAGGUGGUUGGGGCUGGGUGGGAGGAGAUCCGCUCACACACACGAGGAGGGUUGAGCUGGUGCCGCCGUUGUGGUCGCGAGUGCGGAGUUGGGACUGGAGCCUGCGCCGCGACGACCCCGGGGAUUGUGUGGCUAGCCCCCGGUCCGUCUGCCUCGCCGCUUCGUCGGGUCAGCGCGGCCUGCUCCCGCCCGGCCCGUCGCCCCCGCCUCCAUUUCCCGCCCUCUCUUCACCACACACACGGCCCCCCCGAUCAUGGAUCCGGGCAGUGGCGGCGGCGGCGGCGGCGGCGGCGGCGGGAGCAGCAGCGGCAGCAGCAGCAGCGACUCGGCGCCCGACUGCUGGGACCAAGCGGACAUGGAAGCCCCCGGUGGACGUCAUAAAAGUGGUCUAGGAGCAUCCACGGAACCUUUCCAAGAGGAACAGUCGUUGCCAUGUGAAGGUUCAAAUUCAGCUGUUAGCAUGGAACUUUCAGAACCUGUUGUAGAAAAUGGGGAGACAGAAAUGUCCCCAGAAGAAUCAUGGGAGCACAAAGAAGAAAUCAGCGAAGCAGAGCCAGGAGGGGGUUCCUUGGGAGACGGAAGACCCCCAGAGGAGAGCACCCAGGAAAUGAUGGAGGAGGAGGAGGAAAUACCCAAACCUAAGUCUGUGGUUGCGUCGCCAGGGGCUCCCAAGAAAGAACAUGUAAAUGUCGUGUUCAUUGGGCACGUAGAUGCUGGCAAGUCCACCAUUGGAGGACAAAUCAUGUAUUUGACUGGCAUGGUUGACAAAAGGACCCUUGAGAAAUAUGAGAGAGAAGCUAAAGAAAAAAACAGAGAAACCUGGUACUUAUCUUGGGCCUUAGACACGAAUCAGGAGGAACGAGACAAGGGUAAAACAGUCGAAGUGGGCCGUGCCUAUUUUGAAACGGAAAAGAAGCAUUUCACGAUUCUGGAUGCCCCUGGCCACAAGAGCUUUGUCCCAAACAUGAUUGGUGGUGCUUCUCAAGCUGAUUUGGCUGUUCUGGUCAUCUCUGCUCGGAAAGGAGAGUUUGAAACUGGGUUUGAAAAAGGCGGACAGACGAGAGAACACGCGAUGUUGGCAAAGACGGCAGGCGUGAAGCACCUGAUCGUGCUCAUCAACAAGAUGGAUGACCCCACGGUGAACUGGAGCAGCGAGCGGUAUGAAGAAUGUAAAGAGAAGCUAGUGCCAUUUUUGAAAAAAGUUGGCUUCAAUCCCAAAAAGGACAUUCACUUCAUGCCCUGCUCAGGACUGACUGGAGCAAAUCUUAAAGAGCAAUCAGACUUCUGUCCUUGGUACACCGGCUUUCCAUUUAUUCCGUAUCUGGAUAAUUUGCCAAAUUUCAAUAGAUCAGUGGAUGGACCAAUCAGACUGCCAAUUGUGGAUAAGUACAAGGAUAUGGGCACCGUGGUCCUGGGGAAGCUGGAGUCAGGGUCCAUUUGUAAGGGCCAGCAGCUCGUGAUGAUGCCCAACAAGCACAACGUGGAAGUUCUUGGAAUCCUUUCCGAUGAUGUGGAAACUGACUCUGUAGCCCCAGGUGAAAACCUCAAAAUCCGACUGAAAGGCAUUGAAGAGGAGGAGAUUCUUCCGGGAUUCAUACUUUGUGACCCUAAUAAUCUGUGUCAUUCUGGACGCACGUUCGAUGCCCAGAUAGUGAUCAUAGAGCACAAGUCCAUCAUCUGCCCGGGCUACAACGCGGUGCUGCACAUCCACACCUGCAUCGAGGAAGUCGAGAUCACAGCCUUAAUUUGCUUGGUAGACAAAAAGUCCGGAGAAAAAAGUAAGACCCGACCCCGCUUUGUGAAACAGGAUCAAGUGUGCAUUGCUCGCUUACGGACAGCGGGCACCAUCUGCCUGGAGACCUUCAAAGACUUCCCUCAGAUGGGGCGCUUCACCUUACGGGAUGAGGGUAAAACCAUUGCAAUUGGGAAAGUUCUGAAACUGGUUCCAGAGAAAGACUAAGCAUUUUCUUGAUGACCCUGCACAGUACUGUGAGGAAAACCGACUGCAAAAGCCUACUUCACACCGCCUUCUCUUAUUUUCUGCCCAUUGACAAACUUCUCCCCAUAUUUUGCAAAGACGAAAUUCACAGCAAAAGUCCACAUAAUGUCAGCUUUCUCAUAUUGAGAGCUCAGCUAUGCCACUGUUGAAUUUCCCCCAGAUUUUUCUCCUUCCCUCCCAAACUCUGCUUCCUUGGACAGACUUGGCAAUAGCUUUGUACGUGAUGUGGACAUAAUUGCCUACAAUAAUGAAAACUUAUGGGAAUUUUUUUAUUUCUCAUCUUCCCCUUGGACCUCCUUAGUCUUUUUUCCCCCAGGCAGAUCAUUCUGAGUGUGCGAGUGUGUGUGCACAUGUUACAGAGACAACUACCAUGUUAAUAAAAUAUUCAAUUUGAAAUCCUUUUCGGUAUUUGAAUUGCUUUUGAAUAAUGUUUUUUAUCUGGAUGUAACAUUGUUGCAUUAGCUUUUAAACUUUCCAAGUAAUUGAGUACCUUUUAUUACUUGGACUUUUCUAAACUCCUUCCCCUGUCCACUACUUUAAACGAGGCAUUUACAAACAACGUUCAAGUUUGUCUUGGAGGAAAGAACUCGCCGGGCCCCUCCUUUUGAUGGUGCGUGCGUACACGCAGCCCGCCACCCUGACGCAGCGGCGACCCUGCCUCCGUAGGUCUGUCCGUUGCGUUCUGCCAGUUGACAUUUUAACACGAUUUCUUAACCACAGUAAGUUGUUUUAAAGUAAAAGAACAGCGUACUGUCGUUUUUAUAAGUAAAGCAUAAUGAAAUUGUACCCCUAUGGAAAAUUCCAUUUGCUCGUGAAAUUAGUGGAAUUGCAAUAAAGACCGCAUGUUGGGACCUGGCCACAAAAUGCCUCCUUUAGUAUUUCUAAGAGCUGCAUGCAUCUAGUAUGAAAACCUGUAUCGAUUGCAAGCGCCACUUCUACAAAUUAGUCUGUUUACUAUUUGUAUCCAACCUUUAAAGGCUGUGGAUGAUCCUUGCUGGUUAAAGAUGCAUCUCACCCAGCAGCUAAACGAACACACAUCCAGAACCUUCCGAAUCUGCACAGACGAAAGUUAACAGUGAUAAGUGGAAUCAAGCACAGUAUCGACGUUUUUCUCUUAUUUGAAAUGGACUAAGUUUUCUUAACUACAAAGCUGAGAUUUGCUAAACUGUUGUUUGGAAGUACCCUAAGGAAGCAUUGCGGUGGCUUUUAGGGGAAGGCUGACUGCCGCAGCCGUCACGGCUCUGCCGUUCUAACGGAGAGUCCGUGGGAAAUGGAAGAGCCACUUUUUCUGUGUUUUCUGGGAGGCCCCCACCCCCUCGAUUUUGAGUGUUGCCAUUUAUCAAAGACCUGACCGCGGUUGGAGUGUGGUUUAGCUCUAAAUAAGAUACUUGGUGAUUGUAUAUUUAAUGAUACAACCCUCCUGUAAUCUUCCUCAGAAAAGAAAAGCCUAGUCAGACUAUAUUGCCAGUCACAAAAUAUAAAACUUAAUCUAAUCCUGUUCUCUUAUUCUAGAAUUACCAUUCAUUUCAUGAAUGAGGCUGUAUCGUAGGGAGGGAGCAAAGUUCUGCCCUACGGCUCCCUAGAACUCUAUACUCUUGGCUAUUAAAUUGCAUGAAAUUUAGCUAAAUUUUAUUAUUGUCUGCAAAUCUCUUGGCUUUUAUUUUCGGGGAAACAGGGGAGGUUUAAGCCGCACACAAUGACCCUUUUUGUACUUCCAAGGUAAUACGAACAAAAUAGCAGUUGCUUGGAUUUUAAUGAAUCUUUCAGAGCUCAAGAGUUGUUGAAAUUCUUUCCAAAAAUAGAUUCCCAUUUUUAAACCGAACAUAUUUUUUAAAACCAGUUCUGUUUGCUCUUACAACAUUUACACUUUUAGAAGAUUAGGUGCACGUUGCCAAGACUCUUCCGCAAAACGACGCGGAUGCGGACUGUGAAGCGCCUAUCCCUCAGAAAGAACGGAUCAUGAAUAUAAAUACGGCGAAAGAUUUCAUAGGACUUUUUUGAGUUUGUGCAAAUAAUCAGAUGAUUUAAAAGAAGCCUCGCUGUUGAGUUUUACCGACACCACACGUUCUGUGGGCUUUGACGUUCUUUGGGAAGCAGGCUCACAUCAAAGAAAGCUGACGCGUGUCAGCCUCCUGGUGACCCUGGCUGGUGACCCGGAUGAGGAAAUUUCAGUGUGUGGAGUGAGCAGGCAGUGGAGGGUGCUGACCCCUCACAAGUUCAGCUUCCUGCGCUCUCCUGUUCUCAGCAAGCGCACAUGUGCCAACACAGGGAGUUGACUGCAUAUCAGGAUGACACCGAACCAUUUCGUUCUCUGGCUUUGGCCUAGAUCCCUUAGAAUCCCCACUUUCUUUGUGUCCUUUUGCGUUAAUGUUCUUUAUACAACUUUCAUGCUUGAUUUAUUUAUAGCUUUUUAAAUUAAUGAAUUUAAGAGAAGCAAGCUAGUCUCGAAACGAACAUGCUAAGUAAUUGCCAUUUUCAACCGUUGACUGUGGGAGAGGGGAAAGUCUAGCGUCUAUGUCUUGUUGUUAAUUUGCAAAAAGGACUUGUCCGGUGAAAAUCUGUGUAAAACCGAACCCAAAGAGUUGGACUGAGUAGGUGUUGUCAAGGAAUCCAGUGACUGAGCCACGUGUUCUUGAGUAACGAAGCCCGUGUGUAUUUCUCUGCGUGGAACUGGAAGUCGACAGAGGCGAUACCCGGAUGUCAAGUCUUCGUAAGCUGUGCGAGGACAGGCAGUUGGCUGUAGCAAGCGGUGAUUCACAGCGGCUCCGAGACGGCCUCUGCGGUGUGGAAUGGACUUCGGAGGGGCUGCUGUGCCGAGAGCUGCGGAGUAUCCGGGGUCAUCCUUCCCAUCCGAUGCGGUGCGGCAACCCAAGAACAAGGUGAACCUGUGGCCAAAAACUGCUCCUGUGGUGAACUCGCGACAAAACUGCGCUACGCUCCCCGGCAUCUUCGGGAACCCCGGCCCCCGGCUGUCCCCACUCUGCGGUCGGUGAGGACGGCCCGCCACGGCGUCACUGGUGGCUUCGUGGCCUUGGGCAGGGGCUGCAGGUUGUGGAGAGGGGCAAGUUGUGUCCAGGGCCGCUCUGGACAUCGGCAGCUUUGUAACCUCUGAAGUCCUUUGUGACCGCUGCGGCUUGUGGCUGCGUGAGGGUGGACUGUUGGACGAUCCGCUGCUGUGGACGGUGCUGGGCUCCCUUCUCAGAGUAAACUGUGCUGGUCACCCUCUUCGCAGACAUCGGCAGGGUUCCGGGGACGAUUUUCUGUCUCCGAAUGCCGGGCCGUCUGUCCCCGCCAGCUCAGUUCUCCGUGAUCCUAGCACGAAGCCCUCUAAUCCAUCCAUGCUUUGUUUCUUCGGAGAUCUCGCCAUGGCAGCAGAUUGUGAAAUACACAAAUGUGAUGACACGUGCACCACUCAAAAGACUUCUUACUAGGUUUAAAUUUAGCAGUCGGUUGGUUAGAUUAGAUUCCCUAGUGAGUGGGAUAGGAACGGUUUCUGUUUUCCUGUGAUAGUUCAGUGGAUUCCGUUUGAACCCAUUUACUGCCAGAAUUCGGAUCGGGUAGGUUUGGUGCAACCCGUGGUGGGUUUUGGCUCUAGGGUAUUGUUGACUUGUGGUAUCCUAGAACAGUACUGAGUCUUCCCUUCAAUAAAUAAACGCUUUUUCACAUACCUCUAAUCCCGAUGCUUCCUUGAAAGAGUAAUAGGCUAGCCGAGCCAUUUACUAAGGAAUGUUCUUCGCGCCCGGAGGUGGGGAAGUGGACAGGAGAACCUUGUGCCUUCUCCAGCAUAAGGGACAAGCGGAUAGGCACUGUGUCCGAUGAGGCAGAAAACUAGGAUUUCUAAGCACCCCUCAGAAUGGGCAGUGUCUGCCUUGCCACACAUGCCACUGUGCCCUUUAAAACCUCCCGUUGGAAACCUCAGGUCUGUGGCCAGCAAAGGCAGAAGGACAUUUCGAGCUUCCCGAGGCUCCCUGCUGCCCCAGGAGAAGGUGCCGGGGCGGGGCUCCCGCACUCUUCAGGGGAACCCACCUGCUCGAGGUGAACCUGCGCUCUGAACCCCUGGGCUCUCAGAAGCGGGCUCCCCUUGGAGUUGACUUUCUUCUCUAAGGAAAUGCGGAUCUCUCUCAGGCCAGGAUUUAGUGACUAGGUUUUACUAGACGGCAUAGAUCAAUACCUAGCUCUCUCUUUUUUUUAAGCCAGACAAUUAAUUCAAGGGAACGGAGUAGGUCUGCUGGGGUUUUUAACCUAAUUCCAAAGCGUGGCAGAAUGCUCUAGGUGGGAACUGUGGGAAUCCAAGGUAAAGAAAGCUCUUUCUUAUGAUUUGUAGCUACCUACUGUGCCUGACUUGGUGCCUGUGUGAGGAUUAAGCCCCUAGUCGCUCUUGGAAUUAUUCAAAUGACUGAAGAUUAAAAAAAAAAAAAAACAUCGCUUUUGUAAUAACAAUAAAAAUUGUCAUCUUCCCUUUUGAA